UUUGACAAAACGAGGCGCUUUCAUCCACGUCCUCUGCCGUGUCUUUGAACGCGGGGCCGUGGCAUGGGAUAAAUGGGAAAACCGGCGAUAGAAACGCGUCCGUGUGAAGCGGCUCUUACUUUCGGUUUGAAGUUUUUCAACGGGCGUCUUGUGAUUUUUGACGCGGCAGGUGUCAGAUCACCGUAGUGCGGCUGUAACCUCGUCGCGCUGAGGCGGAGCGCUCGUGUGCUGGAUCCGACUUCGGCUUCAGGACGAGAACUUUUGGGGCAUGUCUGUGCCCCCCCUCGGGCGUGAUGUUGGGGAGCCUGCUGCUCGCCUCCCUGUGUGUCGGGGCGGCAGCCAUGUUUGACAGCAGGCUGGACGUCCACUGGGAGCUGUGGAAGAAGACACACGGGAAGAAUUACCAAAAUGAGGUGGAGGACGUGCGCCGCAGGGAAUUGUGGGAGAAGAACCUGAUGCUCAUUACCAUUCACAACCUGGAGGCCUCGAUUGGGCUUCACACCUACGAACUGAGCAUGAACUACAUGGGAGACCUGACGGCGGAGGAGAUCCGGCGGUCCUUCGCCACACUCAGUCCUCCCACUGACAUCCAGAGGGCGUCGUCCCCCUUGGCGGGGGCAGCAGGCGCUCCCGUACCGGACACCGUGGACUGGAGGGACAAGGGCUGCGUCACCAGCGUCAAAAUGCAGGGUGCCUGCGGCUCCUGCUGGGCCUUCAGCGCCGCAGGGGCCCUGGAGGGCCAGCUCGCCAAGACGACGGGGAAGCUGGUGGACCUCAGCCCCCAGAACCUGGUGGACUGUUCCAGCAAGUACGGCAACAUGGGCUGCAACGGAGGCUACAUACACAAAGCCUUCCAGUACGUCAUCGACAACCAGGGCAUCGACUCUGAUGCUUCCUACCCCUACACGGGACACGAGCAGCAGUGCCGCUACAACCCCGCGUACCGUGCCGCCAACUGCUCCCGGUACACCUUCCUGCCUGAAGGCGACGAGGGGGCCCUGAAACAGGCGCUGGCCGACGUCGGACCCAUCGCGGUGGCGAUUGACGCCACGCGGCCCAGGUUUACCUUCUACAGGAGCGGAGUGUACGAUGACCCGACCUGCACCCAGAAUGUGAACCACGCGGUGCUCGCUGUGGGCUACGGCACACUGAACGGGCAAGACUACUGGCUGGUAAAGAACAGCUGGGGAACCGCUUUCGGGGAAAACGGCUACAUCCGGAUGACCCGCAACAAGAACAACCAGUGUGGCAUCGCUCUGUUCGGCUGCUACCCCACCAUCUAGCUGCACGGAGAAUUGAACUGAGUCUGCAGCAAAAUUAAACGCAGUUCUUUCUUUUAUUUUUACAGAAUAAUUACAUAUUAAUAUUUUAUGAUGAGGACCACAAAUGUCAAGUCUUUAAUACUAAUGUUUAACACCAGCACUUUUUGGUGUUUUUUUUGUAAACUGAGGAGGCAUUAAGUUUUUCUCUACCACUGAACUUCUUUGUCUUGUAAGACCAUUUUGUUGUUUGUGUCCUACUGUACGUGUGUGUGUGUGUGUGUGUGCGUUUGAAUAUGUAAUAAAUAAACAGAAUUACCCCUUACUGAGGCUCGGUCCCAGUGACACGUGCCAGGUUUGGAUCGAUAGCAUACCGAUCAGGCCAAAGUCGGCCUUUCAGCAAAUAUCAGAUCUACAGGAUACCAUGAAGACCUGAAUUUUACACCACCAGCUUCAGGUUUGUAUGUUACACCUGCCACGAAAAGUGCCUGAGAGGACUCCAUUGCCUCUUUGGGAAAUUGGUUUGUUGGCCAAUU